AUGGAAUAUCAUACACCAGCAUUUCCUAUGGCAGAAACAAGCAAGAUUAUCAGAAAAUCAGUCCACACUUUCCUUCAAAGUUACCAAUACUUCACCUCAACCGCUGCGCUCCUUGCCUUUCCCUUCUCCGCUUCAGUUCUCCUCUCGCAAGCCUUUUCCCCGUCUUCUUCAUCCCUCAUACCAACCAUAUACAACCGCCUGAGAGUUCUCUUUUAUGCUGCAGGCUUUCCUCCCUCUUCAGAAUUCUUCAGCCUUCUUAACGUUAAGCUUUCUCAAACAAUCUUUUCCUCCAUCUUUGCACUUCCUUUCACCCUCACCUUCCUCCUCAUCACAAAAGCGACUAUAAUUCAAGCUCUCAAACAAAACAAACCAGCAUUGACACCUUCCUUUUCUUCAGUACUAAACCUUUACAGUCCACUCCUUCUCACCCAUAUAUGCAACUCAUUCUUGAUCCUCUCCGCCAAUGCAACUGUCUUCGCUCUCCUUUUCUUUGCUUUCAUUUGUGUGGAAGGAUUCGGCUUCUCUUCUCCCAACUGCCUCCUCUUAUUGUCAGCCGUUGGAGCUGUGCUCUAUUCCAUAGUUCUUGCCAACACACUCGUUGUAUGCAACUUGGCAUUGGUUGUGUCCGGGAUGGAACGAUGUUGGGGUUGGAUGGCAAUCCUCAAGGCUUGCAUUUUCAUGAAAGGAAGAACUUCAACGGCGCUGUCCCUGGCAUUGCCUCUCAAUAUGGCCCUGGCAGCUGUUGAAGCCUUGUUCCAUUACAGGGUUGUGAGAGCUUACCAUUUUGCUGAAAAGAUAGGGUCUUUCAUUGCUUUGGAGGGGAUGUGCAUCGUGUACUUGUAUUCAACUAUCAUUGUUCUUGAUACCAUUUUGAAUUGCAUGUUCUUCAAGAACUGUAAAACGGAUUCUUGGAUAGAUCAGAAAGGUAGGCAGUAUUCGUCGGUUGAAUACGAAGAGGAAGACAAUGAUGUUACGUCAGUUUAA